AUGUCGUCCCCUUUGAAUGCUAUCAAGAUGCGAAGAAAGAAGAAUGUCAAGAAGGGUAUCCAGUUCUGUUUGAUGGUCUGCGGUGCAUCAGGCACAGGACGAACCACUUUCGUGAAUACUUUAUGCGGCAAAAAGGUGCUCUCUGGCAAGGAUGCCGACGAUGCGACAAAUGCUCAUGUCGAGGAAGGUGUCAAGAUUAAGCCAACCACAGUUGAGCUGGAAUUAGAUGAAGAAGGAACCCGUAUUUCACUCACGAUUGUCGACACACCUGGCUUUGGAGACCAAAUCGACAAUGAGGCAAGUUUUGGAGAGAUCGUUGGCUAUCUUGAGAGACAAUACGACGAUAUUUUGGCAGAAGAAUCCCGUAUCAAGCGUAAUCCUCGUUUCCGCGACAAUCGUAUUCAUGCAUUACUUUAUUUCAUCACCCCUACCGGCCACGGCCUUCGCGAAUUAGAUAUCGAGCUUAUGAAGCGUCUCUCUCCUAGAGUUAAUGUUAUUCCAGUUAUCGGAAAGGCCGAUUCCUUGACACCUGCUGAACUUGCAGAGUCAAAAAAGCUUGUCAUGGAGGAUAUCGAGCACUAUAGAAUUCCUGUCUACAACUUCCCUUACGAUAUCGAGGAGGACGACGAGGAUACAGUUGAGGAGAAUGCUGAGCUUCGUGGUUUGAUGCCAUUCGCCAUCGUAGGAUCAGAGGAUGUUGUUGAGAUUGGUGGACGUCAAGUUCGGGCAAGACAAUAUCCAUGGGGUGUUGUAGAGGUUGAUAACCCAAGACAUUCCGACUUCCUUGCCAUUCGAAGCGCCCUUCUACACAGUCAUCUAGCAGAUUUGAAGGAAAUAACCCACGAUUUUCUGUAUGAAAACUACCGUACUGAGAAGCUUAGCAAGAGUGUUGAAGGUGGUAGUGGAGGUGAUGCUUCUAUGAACCCUGAGGACCUGGCAUCUCAAUCUGUCCGCCUAAAGGAAGAGCAACUCCGCCGCGAGGAGGAGAAGCUCAGAGAGAUUGAGAUCAAGGUGCAACGAGAGAUUGAGGCGAAGAGACAAGAGUUAUUGGCUCGUGAGAGUCAAUUGAAGGAGAUCGAGGCUAGAAUGCAACGCGAGCAAACUGCUCAUCUUGAAGCAACCAACGGAACGCAUACGUCAGCGGAGGCUGAAGCUUAA